AUACACAUUCGUUCCUUCUAGAGCUCACCGUUCACUCGUUCAUUCAUUCGGAGCUUGUUUACCUUCUCCGCUCGCUCAGUCAGUAGUUGGAACCAUUGCGUGUAGUUUGCGUGGACGACCUUCGAGUUAACCAUGCUUUUCAAAGUGCUGCUUCUGGUGGCAUCGGUGGCGUUCAGUAAUGGCGACGUGUCACACCUAGAGGAGAUCACCACUACCACGCUACCACCGCCGCCCAGGCCGUACGCGUUUGCGUACACAGCUGGUAGAGCGCCAGGGCAUGUGGACAGACAACACGCUGAAGUCAGUGAUGGCAGUGGGACUGUGAGAGGAACGUUCUCAUACGUGGACCCUGCUCAGAAGGUCCGCACGGUGGACUACGUAGCGGACAGGGAGGGCUUCCACCCCGUGCUGAGCGAUGCACCACCAGACCACCCCACCGACUCCGAGUCCGUAGCACGGGCCAAGGACAGGCACUUCCAGUUGUAUGCCAAGAUCGCGGAGGAUCAUGCGAACCACCCCUUCCCCGAUGAAAACUCAGUCCCUCGUCAGUCCGAAGCUGUAAGAGCCGCAGCAGCGAAACAUGCACAGCUGUUCAAGGUGAUCGCUGAGCAGCACGCCAGGAUAGCGGCAGAGAGAGAGGCGCUACAGAGAGAAGAAGAAGAGAGACAACACUUGCAAGAACUCCAGGAACUCGAACAACACUAACGCGACGACUAGAAACCCAAAUAUAGUGAUCAAGGUUAAACACGGUCCAUGGACAGUGGUCAUGAAAAGUGAUGAAAGACAUGAUUCUGAUGUCAUUGUUAACUUUUUCAUCAUUUAAAAACAACAUAAUAUCAUAGUUUUGGUAUAAAUCAUGAAGCGAUUCACAAAUUCAUACCAAAUGUCAAAAUAUGAAGAUUUGCUUGGUGGUUCUCAUCAUAUAUUUUGAAUAUUCUUAAAUCCCUUUCAAUGUAACAGUGAAACCUUGGUCCAUGUAGGUACAAAUGUUAAAGUUUAUGCCAAGAUAAGUCACAUUCAAGUUUCAACGAAUUUUUAUACUUUGUACGUAUUUUUAUUUAGAUAACAUGUUGUUUAUGCCUCUCACACUCGUACAUACAUUGAUGAUAUUUUGAGAGGCAUUAAAUUGAGAUUAUGCAUUGUCGAUGCAAUUUUUAUGUCAAUGUUGUUAUUAAAACUGAUAGAUGAUUUUUGUAAUUUUCUACAUGCCAUAUUAAUUUUAAUAAAACAUUUUAUAUAAA